AUGGCUUCAGAGGAGCAGCUCGACGACAUCUUCCGGAUCAUCGCAGAGGCUGUAUCGGUAGAGCCGGAGGAGCUCCAAGAUCAUGAGACCUGGAAGUACCACGGACUGGCCGGAUUACUGGCCACGGCAACGGCCUCGGACAUUCGACAACAGGUCAAAAUUGAGGUGCCUGACAAUGUCUUUGAGGCUUACCCAACAGUAGAAAGUUUCAGGAAGCACCUGCAAGGUGACAGCAGUGAGGGCAGCCACGACUUGCCGGAGCUAGACGAUCCUUGGCAAGACAUACCGAAGCCAAAAGUGCCUCUCUCGAUAGUGCUGCAAGGCUCACCAAGUAACGCGGCUACUGUUGUGUUCCUCUUCCCAGAUGGAAGUGGUGCCGGCACAUCCUAUGGCGCACUACCAAGAAUUGCAGAGGACGUGUGCCUAAUCGCAUUGAAUUCUCCAUUCUUGCGUCAGGCCCAGAACUUCACUUGCUCAAUUGAACGCAUGGCGCGAUUGUGGGUAGACGAGGUUCGCAAGCUGCAACCCAAGAAUAAACCGUUCGUGCUCGGUGGCUGGUCUGCUGGUGGCUAUUACAGCUACGAAGUUGCCAAGCUGUUGACGGCAGCCGGGGAGAAAGUGGAUCGCCUUAUUCUGAUUGAUUCCCCAUGCCGUCUGCAGUAUGAGGCUUUACCAGAGCAAGUUGUCGCGGAACUUACCAAGAAGGGCCUCAUGGGCGCAUCUGGACAGAAGAAGGCGCCCGAAUGGCUUGUGCAGCAUUUCACGUCGACUGUCAUCUCGGUCGAUCGCUACAUGCCUACCACACUACCGAGGCAGCACGUGCCACCAAAGGUCGACUUCAUAUGGGUCAAAGAGGGCCUGGUCAAGAGCGUUGCUGAGUCUGGGUUAGAAGUCGAUCUGAACAUUAAAGUCACUCGCUUUCUUCUGGAGCCACGAGGCGAUCUGCGAACAGAGGGCUGGGAGAAGCUCUUGCCAGGUGCUCGAUACUCAUUCAACUACAUGACUGGCAACCAUUUCCAAAUCACACAACCGCCUCAUUCUGACAGCCUCGGGAAUAUAUUGAAUCAAGUACUCAAAGCAUGAAAAACUGAAUAAAUUCCAGCUCAGGCACCACACCCACUCAUGUACAGCCAGCGAUUCGCAUUGUACACACGUCCGCGUCAGCGUUAUUUCUUUACCCCAACCUUGUUCCGACGCUCAGCGACUGACGGGAUAUUGACAAAUUUGGAAGCACUAAAAAGCGCUUGCCCUUCUCGGGCUGCUAUGAGACCAGGA